AUGGAAGCCGAAAUGAUUGACAUACCCCCCCAACCCAAGAAACUGCAAAAGUCUUCUCAGCCUCUACAGCGGAUAACGAUAAAGAGCCCGGAAUAUAGCUAUUCCCGUCUGGAAAUGUCUGAUGUCCCUUCUCACCAUCCAACCGCUUCCUCUUUGGAUUAACUGGAAAUCUAGGAUUUUCGACCCCCCAUUUGACACUGCUAGUGCGGUUGAUGCAAUCACCUGGCGUACGGCCCUUACAAACAGCUUGAUGCAAUACUUGGGCGUGGUUGGAUCCGCUAUCCGCAUUGACAUAUUACAUAUCGAGGGCGAGGAGGCUGUAUUGAGGCUUCCAACUACUGAUAUAGUCAAGUUUGGUGCAGCUGUGAGUGGAUUUGUUGGUACCAGCGAUGGGCGGAGCAUUGGAUUCAAGACUUUGGGAAAUUCUGCAUUCUUAAUGGGACUGAUAGGAAGGGCGAGGGAGGAAGAUAUAUGGGACGGGUUCGGUAGUUGAGGUUGUUUCGGUGUAAGUAAUCCAUUCUCAAUAUCGAUCAUUGGCUAAAUAAGAAUAAGAAAAAAAAUAGCAUGAAGAAUACACAAGACGCUACGAAUAUAAACGAAAAGAAUCCCAUGAUCCUCAUUUUAUUCCAAUCAACUCCAGAUCCCGGGAGAAACGCGCAAUCAGGCUUGUCCGUUACUGCCAUCUUUCGCUCUUAAUCCAUUAACGAUGUCCUUAACAAUGGCAUCGGUGUAUUUGCGCACAGAGUUUUCAAUAACAUUCACAGCAUGCGAUUCUUCGCCGAAAAUGGACUUGACCAUCUCUCCGCCUCUAACCGCAAGCACUGAUAGAAGCGUGUCGCUCAACUGUUCCUCUUGGGUUAGCUUGUCAUACCUACUUGAAAGUGGGACUGUUCAUGCUUACCCCAUGUGUGUUCUCACAACAACCUUGCAACCAUACACCAGAAUUUUUCGCGAUCGCGCCUUCCUUGAACUGGACACGAUAGUCUCUGCUCACCUGGCAACUCUUUCCUUCCAGCAAUCCUCUUGCAGGUUUCAGUAAGGUCUCGUGAACAUUUCUAACAUAUCCCGUCGCGAUAAUUAUCGCAUCAAAUCCUGCUGUAGUCUCCACCAUACCGGUCCUGGUAUUCUUUAACUGGAGAUAGAUUUCACCAAGUUUGUUUUCUUCUACUCCAGCGACUUCCCGCAGGGGUAUAAUGCGGUGUUGCCAUUCUGCCUCGCUUGGAUUCUGCAAUCUUUGGUGGUAGAGCGUCUCAUACAGAUGCUCGAUAAGCUCGAGGCGGACGACACCGUAGUUUGUGGCGCGAUCUUGAACUAUGGAUUCUUUACGAACCUCUGCUGGCAUCGAAUAUACCGAAUCGACGCGAGAUGGAUCAAAGAUCUCAUUGACACUGGAGCGUCGGGAAUCAGUACGAAUCUGGCAAACGGGAGUGGGGGUAGGUCUCACAAAGGACUAUCAUCGCUUGGUCUUAGUGCUGAUCCCUUGAUAAUCAGGCUGGUCUUGGAGUUGGGAUAUCUGGAGUGCAUGUCGUUAAAGAUUUCAGCGGCGCUCUGGCCACCACCCACGAUAGCAAUCUUAUACGCUUUAUUCUUGUCAUUCAAAAGUUUUGGAACGGCGGACGAAUAUCCAGAUGAGUGGAUGAUGCGCGGACCCAGGGGGUUUUGUGGAAAUGCUUUGGGGAUAUUGGGUUUCCCUCCCACUGCAACUACCACAUGUCGCGCAGCUAGCCUCUUCUCUUGGCCGCUUUUGAUAUCUCUCGACGUUACCGCCCAGUUUUGAAUCGGCUUCUCGCCAAUGGGUGCAACCGAAACAACAUCUUGGCUGUACUUUACGCAAUCCUCGAAAUGUGAGGCGCACCAGGCCAUGUAAUCGUUGUACUCCUCUCUCAACGGCAAGAAGGUGCCAAGGUUGGUGAAGGCUACUAGUCUGUUUUUCUCGCGAAGAUAAUUCAGGAAAGUGAAUUUCGAUCGAGGAUUCCUUAAGGUUGCAAGGUCCUUGAUGAAUGAAAUCUGCAUUCGGGAGCCAGGAAGAAUCAUUCCUGAAUGCCAUGCGAAUUCCGGUUGACGCUCAAGGAACAGUGCUCUGGCCUGGGUUUUUUGGUCAUGAAGGGCUAUGGCUAUGGCUAGAGAGGCUGGACCGAAGCCAAUGCAUAUCAAAUCGUAGGGCUCUUGGUUGUGGCUGCCCAUCUUUGGGGAAGAUGUUUUUCCGUCGCUGUAUGUCAAAUAGCCGUUCCUGUGGGCACCGUUUAUGCCGUUUGAGGUGGAAUGGCCGUUGGAGAUACUAUCGGUGAAACUAGUGUUCCCAUUACUAUGGCAUCCAUUGCCAUUACCAUGGGCUCCGUUCAUAUGAUGUUCGCUCCCGUACCCGUUCAUGAUAUCGGCCAUGAUAGGUUUGCGUUUAUCGGAACGCAAAAGAAAGGAGGAGAAUAACGAAUUCAGUGUGGAUUCGGUCGACGAGAGAAGGAACCUAUUGUUGGUUUAAUACGUCAGUCAGCUUAACCUUCCUCGUUGCAAACACAUCUGACCAAUCAGAGUGAAGGUGUUUCGAAUGACCCAUCAUCGCCCUCAAACCGACAUUUAUUUUUUCUUCCCCUCGUGUUUGCUAGGAAAAAAGAAAAAAAGGGGCGGAGCUUCGGAAGUGCUGGAUCAUAUUUUCUAUUAUUACCUUUUCAGACCUUCUGGACUAUUGUGAAAUCUUGGGGACAAGUGAUAAAUGCAAGUUGAUAGAAAGAAGGGGGUGUGGAUGUGAUGUAACGGUUUGUUUUCUCUGUGAUGACGAUUAUGUUGAUAUUGAUGCUACCGGCACAGCGAGCGGAACAGCAAAAUGUCCCCCCUAACCGGUUUGUUAUAUUAUCUGGGACGUACGGAGUGGAGGUGAAAUAGAACUAGUCGAUAUGAUAUGGCCCUUCUUCCUACACCCUGCUCAGUUAUAAACACACCUUAGCAUCUCAUCGCUUUUUUGUUUUUGCUUUUUCGAAGAAGUGGCAAUUUGGAAAUGUCUAUUACCGUGUGAAUUGGUGAUUUUGUGUACCGUGUAUACAGUACACCAACGUCGACAGCCUUGGAGGGAAUGAGGGAAGGAAGGUGAAAAGAAGGUGCCGAGCCUCUGCGUUAAUGACGCAGAAUGCUGCAGCAGUGAGGAACACAAGGUAGAGAGUCUGAUAGUAAGAAAAAAAGCUCCAAUCUGAUAAAGGAAGACAGGCAAGCAAGCGAGGAGGCAAGCAGGGGGUAGCCCGGGUGUGAUACAAGAGCAAUGCUCGUACUGGUACAGUACUAUAGAGUGUGGAACCGUGAUAACAAACCACCAGGCAUGGAUGGAGGUCUAAAGAUACUUAAGUACCAUUUAUUCCGAAUGUCGAGAAGAGUAGCCUCAUCUAUAGAUCAGUACUCGCUACAGUUCCCACAUCACCUCCCUCGAGGCCGGAGAGAAAAAAAAAAGAGAGGAAAAAAGGGUACGGCGAUGUAGUACCGUACCUGCAAACAUACUGUACCUAAUUGCCUACCAUCCAUCUACCAAUCCGGGCACAUACAUCCAUCACACUACGAAUCACUUGAUACACUCCCCCAUCAAACAAAACCGAGGGGAAAAGAAAGGAAAAAGACCCGUACCAUCGUACCAUGCUCAUCAUACCGCACCGACCUCCCUAUGCUUUCCCCGCAAGAGAGUGAGAAAAAAUAAAAAUUACACAAACAAUCAUACCAUUUCCCCCCUUCCCAAUCCAAAACCGAUUCCAAGCUCGCCGCAUUCACCCCUGGCAAUGUCGUCCCCGCGAAAGAAGGAAGGGGGAGAAAGGAAAUGGGAAAAAAAAAAAAAAAAACGUAAGGGUGAUAAUCGAAGCAAAAAGUAGGAAAUGAUAAUUAGAUUAUCGUAAUCAGAUCGCGAGAUUGCAGUCAAUAUUGACCCCGGCACCUCGGCGUU